AUGAAGCCUGCGCCGGGCAAGGAUGUCACCCGGCAGCUGUGGGAGAACUACCUGAAAGAUGGCUUCGUGACUUCUGGAGAACCCCUCCUGGUUUCACAGCCUGAAGAGCUCCAAGUUCGCCCUGAGCCUCCACUGCCGGCCCCGACUGCCCAUGCUCCGCAUUCUCUGGGGUACAUCAAGGGGCAGGCUCGCAGCCUCGCGCUCUUGGCCCUCCUGCACUACUGCUACUCCAAGAAUAUUGACUUGAAGGAGGUGCACCCGCUCCUCUGGCAGUCCGUGUGCAGGAUUUACGCCCUGAAGGUCACCUACAGUACGAAGGCAGACGAGGCGUUGGCCAAUAUGAAACUCAGUGCGAGGGGGAGCAUUCGCCGAGCUAACAACCUAGUGGUGACUGUGGUGAUGCUUCACAACCUCUCCAAGCAGGGCUUCGGGGACCUGCAGUCCUUUGCGCGCAGCAAAGCCUUCACCGACUUCGCGGCGGCUGCGCAGGAAGCGCACUCGCACGACACCGGCCCGUCGAUCGCACCAGCCUACCCCUUCAAGUUCGAGGGGACGUGCGAUUGCGCCUGGAACAAGAACCAGAAAGACCUCCUCAUGCAGCACGGACAAGGACAAGGAGACGGCCUUUCAUCGCGUGCGGAUUUGCAGAGAAACGCAG